GAGGGCGCGGCAGGGUAGCGAGAGAAGCCUGAAAAGGGGGCGGGGUGGGCGCGCGCACUGCGUUGCGCCGCGCCGCGCCUUGCGUGACGGUGGGGCCUGGAGCGAGAGCAGGGCAGGCUGGGAACUUUCGUUACUCCUCUCAGAGGGAAGCGCUAGUAGUAAUAGUAGCGGCAGUCGCUGCUGCUCCAAGACGCCGUUGUAGUGCCCGUAAGUGUGAGGACGACUGCACCCGGGGGGAGCCAUGGACCUGCGGAAAGUGAGCGAGCUGCGGGCCUUCGUGAAACUCUGCAAACAGAACCCGGCCGUGUUGCACGCUGAGGAGUUGAGUUUCUUCCGCGAGUGGGUGGAGAGCAUGGGAGGUACAAUACCACCAGCUCCGUGCAACACUACUUCUUCAGAGAAGCCUGAUGAGACAAAAGCAGAAGAAACGAAGCCAGAAGAACCACCAAAGCCCCCGGAGCCUGAAAGUGAAGAGAGUGAUUUGGAAAUUGAUAAUGAAGGAGUAAUUGAACCUGAUAAGGAUGAGCCUCAAGAAAUGGGAGAUGAGAAUACUGAGGUGUCAGAUGAGAUGAUGGAUCAGGCCAAUGAAAAGAAGAUGGAAGCUAUUAACGCACUAAGUGAAGGUAAACUUGAGGAAGCCAUUAAUUUGUUCACAGAAGCUAUCAAGUUGAAUCCUCAUCUGGCUAUUCUGUAUGCCAAACGAGCCAGUGUUUUUGUGAAAAUGCAGAAGCCAAAUGCUGCCAUUAGAGACUGUGAUAGAGCCAUUCAGAUUAAUCCUGAUUCAGCACAGACGUAUAAAUGGCGAGGGAAAGCUUACAGACUGCUAGGUCAAUGGGAGGAGGCUGCACGUGAUCUGGCAUUAGCCUGUAAACUGGAUUACGAUGAAGAUGCUAGCACUAUGCUGAAGGAGGUGCAACCACGAGCUCAAAAGAUUGCAGAACACAGGAGAAAGUAUGAACGAAAGCGUGAAGAAAAAGAAAUCCGUGAAAGGAUGGAAAGGGUGAAGAAAGCCCGAGAGGAACAUGAGAGAGCUCAAAGGGAAGAAGAUGCUCGGCGACAGGCAGGAGGAGGAGCUCAAUUUGGAGGCUUCCCAGGUGGUUUUCCUGGCGGAAUGCCUGGGGGCAUGCCUGGAAUGGGCGGCAUGCCUGGUCUCAAUGAAAUUCUUAGUGACCCUGAAGUUCUUGCAGCCAUGCAGGAUCCAGAAGUUAUGGCAGCUUUCCAAGAUGUUGCUCAAAAUCCAGCCAACGUGUCUAAGUACCAGAAUAACCCCAAAGUCAUGAAUCUCAUUGGCAAACUUUCAGCCAAAUUUGGAACGCAACCAUAAAGUCCCCUUUUCAUUGCAAGAGGUGGGGGAAAUACUGAUUACUUACCAUAUGUUGCAAUAACACAAACCAUUGUACCUCUGAUUCUCAAAAGAGAACUAGGGUGUUCUAGAUAGAAUCAUUCUCCCCUCCCCCCACCGCCAUGCUUCAAAAAUGAAUAGCAGUCAUUUCAUUGAUUGUGUUCAGUUUUUAUUUCAAAACACGUUUUCUUCUCUCAUCUUCUUUGCCCUGGAGUUUUACUAAACAGUAUUAGUUUUAUUUUAAAACUGUUAUACUUAAAUGUAAUCUUCCAGUAGAUUGUACCAAAAAGUGUGCAUGGGGGUCUUACAAUGGUAUUGGGGUCUCUUUCCCAGUAACUGGAUUCCUUAAUUAAAACUUGUAACACUGCUUACGUUCUAUAUGCAGGGAAGUAAGGGGGCUUAGUGUCUUAUUAUAUUUAUCUGGAACAAAUAAAAGGUAAUUUUUAUUCAUUUUUACAUUCACAAAUGUGACUUAAAACACUUCGUCCUAGCUCAGAGCACUUCAGUAGUGCAAAGCAUCUCUGUCACACAAUUGGCUUUUGGUGUGUUGGUACAAAUGCUACUGAUGUUGGAUUACUUUUAACAUUAAUGUGUUGAUCAGAGUAACAUGAUAGUAAGAACAUAAGGGGAAUGAUGUUUUUAUUGAUCUGGCUUCCUUCCAUGGCAAACAGCUGAAAUAUUACUCCUGCUGGUUGACUGUUGAACUUGUUGUCUGGUUUAACCGCUUAAUAUUGUCAUAGUCUCAGUUCAUUUGCAUAAAGAAAUCACAAUGGAUCUGCUGUGGAGUGCAAAAGUUCGAGCUUCUGAAGUCAUGAGGGUCAUAAUAAAUACCAUGGCCAAAGCCGUAAGAUUUACUGUUGUCAGUCCCAUUUAUCCCAUUCAUACAGCAGAGGAGUUUUCCAUUUCUUUAUACCCCAUUCGUCCUUCUCUUUCCUUGAAUUUAUGGGUUUUUUCUGGUUAAUACUGUAUUAUGGGUCUUGUGUAUGGAAGGGAGAGAAUGCAGGUGUUUGCUGGAAAUGACACAUCUUAAAUAUAAUUACAGCAUGUGAAUUCAUUGACUGUUUUGCUGAAAGGUUCAUGGGUAACUAAUAGAUUAAAAUCUGUUUUUGUCUAUUCAAAAAUUUAUUUCCUGCUCUAAAUAUUUGAAAGCUUAUUAUAAUUAGGUCUUGGUCUCUUCUAGGGCUUUUGAAUGUUUCUUGUUCUCUGCUUUUGUAAUUUUGUCUGAAUCCAAAAGCGAUGUCAUUUUUUUUUUUGUUUCUAAUUAAACCUGGGCUGGUUUAGGAACUCAGAUUGUUUUUAAAAAGAAGAUUCCCCCCCAAUACAACAAUUACCAGUUAUUUUGUCAAAUUA